AUGGAAUUUUUUUCUGUUAAAUCCAUGUACAAUAAACUGAAUGAGAAAACUGUGAAUCAUUAUAACCUAGGACAACCUGAUUCUUUCUGGAAAAAACUUUGGAGUCUAGAUAUUUCUGAUAGAAUAAAGAUCUUCGCAUGGAAAUGCUUACAAAAUGCCCUGUCAACAAAUUUGAAAUUAUCCAAAUUUAUGGAAGAUGUUCAUCCUUACUGUUCUUUUGGAUGCUCUGAAGAGGAAUCCAUAGAGCAUAUUCUGAUUUUCUGUCCUUAUGCUAAAGUUGUUUGGGCUUCUGAGCCAAAUCCUGUAGCACAAUGCUUUCAUAGUUCUAUAACCCUCAUAGACAUCUGUAAACAAUGGAUGGGAAAAUUAAACCCAACUAUCUCUAUAGAGCUCAUUUUAACAAAAGCUUGGUUUAUAUGGAAGGAGAGAUGCAAUAGGGUCUUUGAAAAAACUAAACAAUCUAGUGGUCAGUUAAGUUUAGAAAUCCAAAGAUACUUAGACUUUUGGAGUAAUCAUUCUAAUACUCAGGUGAAAAAUAAGGAUUUGAUUUCUAGUACUUGGUCACCUCCAAGGAAAAAUCAAUUGAAGAUCAAUGUUGAUGCAACCUCGAAUUCUAAGAGUUUGCCUGCAGGUUUUUCUUUAAUUCUCCGUAAUGAUGGAGGUGAAUUUGAGCAAAGCAGAGCAGGACCAACCUCAGCUUCUACCGAUGAAGAAGCGGAAGCAAUAGGUAUGAGACAAGGAGCGAAAUGGGAAGUUGAACAUGGACUGGCCAACUUUUUGGUGGAAGGAGACUGCAAAAAUCUCAUUGACUAUCUGAAUGGAAAAGAAUCAGGAAUUGAAUGGCAGAAUCAAGCCAUAAUGGAGGAAGUCAAGAGGGAAUUUAAUCUUUGUCAAAAAAAAUUAGGUUUUUUUUAUGUCCCUAGAGCUGCAAAUAAUGCAGCAAAUAUCUUAGCCAAGGAGGCUAAGUACUUUAGACAGAAUUUGAAUUGGAGUAAAUCUCCUCCCUCUUGUAUUAAAAAUGCUCUUGAAGUAGAUAAAUCUAAUAUUAAGAUGGAUAUCUCUAAUCCUAUAUUGGAUGGCUCUACUUACCAUGAUGUAAGGAUUACUAACUCCCUAAGUUAG